ACAACACUCAACUGCAGUUACUGCACCACCAACUGCUAUAUUUACUUUACAAUUACUUUACGUCGUUUCUCUGCCUUUCGAUCUCGUCAGUCGUCAAUUUGCAUCUCGCACUCUACAAGCCGACCUGUCCCCGUUUUCGACUAAAAUUAUCCACAAAAGGUUACCAUCUUGACCAUUGACCUCUUUUCGAAUUAUUUGGUUUCGUCUAUAAAUUGUAAUUUAUAAGCGUGUAAAGAUCAUCCACCAAUAUGUUCGUAAACUGGAGCAAGUUUUUCCUUCUCGUCCUCAUCGCCUUUCCACUGGUCACUCUCAUCGCUGAAAAGAAUUACGUGGCUAGGGCUGAAGACGACGUGGAUUCUGAUGAUGAUGGUGUAGAUAUUGAGCCUGACGGUAGUGAAGAUGUUGGAGAAACGGCUGUAACAGAAGAUGAAGACGCAUCUCAUACGAUAGGGAAAUCACCGGAUGGAGAAUCAACAAUUUUAUUCAUCAAGCCCAGACCAGGAUUAGUUGGGUUAAGUGGAGCUCCAGAGCUCCAUGCUGGGAAAGUUGUUGAAUUUUUGGUUGGAUUUACCAACAAAGGGAAAGAUACUUUCACCCUCGAGUCGCUUGAUGCUUCGUUCAGAUAUCCACAAGAUUACUCUUUCCAUAUUCAAAAUUUUACUGCUGCUCCUCACAAUCGCGUUGUUAAGCCGAAAGAGCAAGCCACCUUGUCUUACACCUUCUACACUGACGAAUCUUUUGCUGGACGUCCAUUCGGUCUGGUUGUCAGCUUGGGAUACAGAGAUUCGGAAGGAAAACCUUACCUUGACGCUGUGUUCAAUGAAACUGUGAGCAUUGUUGAGCUUGAAGAAGGUCUUGAUGGAGAAACUUUCUUCCUUUAUGUUCUCAUGGCUGCCUUUGUGGUACUUCUCUUGGUUAUCGGCCAACAUCUCCUCUCUUCAUACGGGCCAAGGAAGGCACCAAGAAAGCAACAAAUCGAGCGUGGAACUUCAGAUUCUGAUGAUGUCGACUUUGAAUGGAUCCCAAAGGAAACUCUUCGCGACGUUAUGAAAAAAUCGCCUGGAAAAAGUCCCAAAAGUCCAAAGCAGAGGAGACCAGUCAAGAAAGUAGGCUCAACGUCGGAUUAAAUUAUCGGGUUAAAUUUUCAAGGCUGUAAAUUACUCACCAAGUGAUUUAAUAUUUUCAUCAAACUUUAUAUAUUAUCCCCCUUGAUGGGUUAAUAAUGAGCUGUGUUAAAAUGAUUUUCAAGUUGUAUUGAAUCGGCGGUGCAGUGGGUCAUAAAUUAUAAUCAAAUGCAUAUUACACUCGUCAAAGUGUAAAAAUACUUAAAAAGUGAAAUAAUCAUCGUCGUUUUUUGGUUAAAAAAAGUUACUGGCAGAUGACAAAAAACCGUACUGCCUACUAGUGAAAGGUUGUCAAUUUUUGGUGUGCACUUAUGCUAUAUUAUUGUGUGUAUUCCUUGUAUUUGAUUUGAUUAAAUGUUGAUUGAUACUUCUUUGCUCAGUGUUUUGAGUGCGUGCAUGGCUUAAAUGUUUUUGCAAAGACUUCCUGUAGUUUAGUUCGAAUUUGUUAAAACAUCAACCCUAUAAAAAGUAAUGAUAAUUAAGUACAUUUUACAGUGUUUUGGUUUAGUACUUGGUGCAAUUGAGUAAUUUAUUUAGAUACAUUACGUAGCAUAAUUCUAUCACAGUUACCGCUGUAUGUACUGUGCUACAUAAAUAAAAGACGAAAUUCCUUGUUAUUUUAA